GCCAUUACGGAACAUUACGAAUACGGCGUUGCUAAGAACGCUACUAACUAUAUUUACGAACUGAAUUAGUGAACGAUUUGUCAAUGUUCUUGUCAAGGACACAUUGAUAAUUUUGCAAGGUAAUGGCUCUCAUUCCUAAGGGGAAAGGUGAUGCAGAUUGGAGUAAGAGAGAUAGGCAAAAGACCCGUCAUAAUGUUCCUGAAGAAAUAGGAGAACAGCCUGCCAUAAACUAUGACAAACUCAAGUGGUUAUGUAAACUCGAUGGUCUUCAUUCGAGCAUUGAAGGGGAACCAAGCUCAGAUGAAGCACACAGAAUCUUUAUGGAGAACUACAGAAGCAUGUUUGUGAAUGGCAAACCCAAAGGUGGGACAUUACCGAUACUCGGAAAAGACGCAUCUGUCUCAAAAAGCCUUGAAGCAACAAACAAUUCAUCGGGGAGUCAGACGGUAGCAAAGAGCAAGAAGAAGAUUACCAAGGAAGAGAAGCAGGAACUCCAUGAGGACCAUAUCAGUCAUGACAUCAGGGAGCACAUGGCCAAGCUCCACAAGGAGCGCAAGAUUGUGGAUCCCAUCAUUAUCCAGAGGAACAGAAUCAAGGAUCUUAGGAACAUCCUCAAGAAAAUGCCAUAUGAACGAAAUGCAGAGGAAAAUGAUCUUGUGUACUCACACCUCAAAGCCUUCACUGACCUAUCCAAGCAACUUACCAACAAAGAACUAAAGGAACUAAGUACCCUGGUAACAUUGGAUGUCUGGCGGGACGAAGGAUAUACAGUUUUUGCAAACAGUGGAUUCUUCAUAGUAUUGAAAGGGAGUGUUAUCCCUCAGAGUAGACCAUGGAUUCAGUACAGGGGUGCAGCUGGCAAAGUACCUUUGGUGGUCACAGAAUCCUCACAUAGUGAGGAGAGAUACCCUGAGCUUAAGGUGUGUGACUGCUUUGGAACAUUGGAGAAAGUGGAAGGCCCAGAGGCAAAUAGCAAACUUCUAACUGUUACUGUCAACUCGGUACCGGCAGAGUUCCUGAAGAUAUCCAGCAAUGACUUCAAACGCAUCACUGAGCAAAUACAAUCUCAAGAAAACACAGAGAAGAUAAAUCUGAUCAAUUCUUGCAAGGCGUAUCUGAUGUGGCCAAGACAGUCAUUGCUCAAGCUUGCCGAACUCCUGGAAUGGACAACCUUUCAAGAGAAUACAGUACUAGUGAGUGAAGGUUUCAUGUGUCCUUUCAUUGGUUUCGUCAAAUCUGGAGAAUGUCACGUAUUGAGACAAGUGGAAGUCAAAGAGGUUUUACCCAAUGGGAAAGAGGAGAGAAGAUGCAAGCAGGUAGUCAUGGGUCAGCUGUUACAUUCCGAGUCUUUUGGUGAGAUCAGUGUUCUGAGAGGAGAAGAAAGCAAUUCCUCCAUCGUGACAUCGUCCAGUGUGGAGCUAGGGGUCAUCUCGGUGGACAGAAUAAACGAGCUAGAUGAGACAACUAGAUCACUUCUUCUGCAGUCAAAUGAAACACUUUAUGAAUCUCUGUCAGAGACCGAGAUCCACAGUGAGUAUAUCGACCAGGAACAGAAACGUGAAUGGAACCAAUUUAAACACAAUGUUCUUGUUGAUGUCAUCAAUGCAAGGGGCAUUAGACCAGGCUAUGGAAAAUGGGCUAAAUGAGGACACCAGACUACAAGUCUUUAGAUUAGAUUUGACGCAUAAUUAAUCAUAUAUACAUAUGUAUAUCACUUUUAUUUAUUUAUUCAUGAUGACCUUCACGCUAUGAAUGUCAUUGAUACAUGAGGAAAAUCUAAUUAGGUAUAGGGACAUAUCUCUAUACAUCGUGUCCUUAUAGAACUAUUUUGUUAAGGAUACAGGGGAAAAAGACAGAAAGUCCUCACCUUUUGAUAAAUGAACAAAUCUUUCUCUGCAUAUUUUACAUUAGGAUUGGAUGAGCAUUACAUGAAAUAUCACAUCCUCUAAUGUUUAGGUUACUACUUUCGCUGGGCGGAGUUUCAUAAAGAUGCUUGUAAAUUACAAAGGAACAAAAGGAAAUCCAAUAGUUUUUUUUAACCACUGUUUUCCGAUGAAGGAUCAAAUGGCUAUAAUUGGUACCAAUGUUCACUAUAGACUUAUCAAUAAUUUUGUAUCAAGACCAAUGCAAUUAAGUGCAAGGGUAUUUUAGUACAUUUAGACUCUGCAUCAGUCGACAUUCCAUUAUUUGAAUAAUCGCCUAAUUGAAGCAAUAUUGAAUAAUUGAAGAAGAAUAGGCAAAUCAUGUUUUAAUAAUUCGAACAAAUUCAUUUGGUCUCAAGAGAUUUGACUUAGGCAGUCACCUGUUCAGCCAAACAGAACAAAGUAGAACAAUAUGCUAUAUGUGAUACACAUGACAGCCUGUAAUCUCAAUUUCAAAUUUCAAUUUCAAAUAGACCAAAUGCCUGUGCAGUGAUUUAUUUCUGGGUGGUGUAGAUAAAAGCAGGAAAAAUAUUAGAGUAACAUUUCAAUAAGAGUUUGAUGAAACUCGAUUGAAAGGUACAUGGAAGAGAGUUAUAACACUUCUUAGAUCUACAUUUCUUUAUUGUCACAUGUGAGCUGUUAUUCCAAAUGUGUUCUAUAUAUGAUUUCUGUGAAUGAUCAUUCAUUAAAAUUGUCUUUAGGUCCUUUUCCUUUAAGUAUGUAUAUGGAUACUGUACCAAGUAUAUUUUAAAUGUAAGCGCAAGUCCACCCCCGCAAAAGUUCAUUU